AUGCUGGCUCAUAGCAUCAACCGGGGCGUCUCCAAGCACGCCAUGCCGCGUGCCCAGCUUCCCUCUGUUGUUUCGCGCGGCGUUAGCAACUGGGGACGUCGACGCUGGCCGCGAUGGCGGGACGAGGCCGACCAGGAGUGGAAGCAGUUCCAGGUCAAAAUGGAUGCCUUCCACAAGCAGAUCGAGGCUGACCCCUACGAGGCCAUUUUUGGCCGCUCGAAUGAAAUGCUUCGCGGCAUCCUGCGCAGUCCGCCUGCCGACGAUGCUCCGAAGAAGACCGUCCCCAUCUCCACCGAAUCCAAAGCACAGGAGCCAUCGUCUGCUGUUGAGCACCAACCUACGGUCGAACUUUCCUACGACCCAAUCACUGGUCGAAUGGUCCCAAAGUAUGGUGCUUUUGAUGCCCCGCUUGCUGAGGAUUCUUCAAUACAUUACUCCCAAAGCCACCACGAUCCCCGUGACGACUCCUUGUCCGCCUACGACAAGAAGAAUACCAACACAUCAGCACACUCGAACGGCUGGGUCCCCCAGGAGGACUUCACUCAGACCUCAGCCUCAAAGUCCAACACAACCGAACAUGAUCAUCUACAGGAAUCCUUGGCCAAGUAUGACAGGCACAUGCGCGAGCAGCCUCAGAAGCCGCCAGCCCCGCCAUCCGAGUGGCUCGUUCAGGAAGUCCACUAUGAGAGCCCUCCUUCCACGCUGAAUCGCCUCGAGCUGCAGAUCAAAACUGGCCAAGCAAUGACUCGCAGUAUUGCCACCUAUGCUCGGGGGGUGCAAACUGCUUCACAGGAUCUGUCACAGGAAUUUGAUGAGAUUCUAACUGGAGUCAUGAAAAGGGUGGAAGCCAAGAGAAUCUUUGAGAGGCGUCAACGUCUUGCAGAGCAAUUCGCCAAGGCUAUGGCUGAGGAAGCACCCGUAGAGACUUCUCUUCCCCGCGCUGCGAGAAAGAGCUUCGACGAUGGAUACUCUCAGGCCCCAACUGGUCUGCAGACAUCAUUUGAAAGAGAGAAAGCCUCCGGUCGUGACCUGGCUGCUGAGAUUCAAACCAGGACCAACCCAGUGCAAUAUGACGAUGGCUAUUCCCAUAAGCCAAUGGGUCUGCAGACGUCUUUUGAGAUGGAGCAAGCCGCUGGGCGGUCCCUUGCUGAGGACAUCCAGGCAAAGACGGAGCCCCAGAACUACAUCGUGGACGAUGGCUAUUCUAGGGAACCAAUGGGUCUUGAAACAUCCUUCGAAAGAGAGAAAACUUCAGGCUACUCGCUUGCCGAUGAGAUCAGUGCUAAAACGAGCCCAGAGCAGUAUAUCAUUGACGAUGGUUACUCGCGGGAACCAACUGGUCUAGAGACAUCAUACCAGCGAGAACUGGAUUCAGGCCGAAGCCUGGAGCAAGAGAUCCAGGCCCGUGACAAUGCUCACCUUGCAUCGCCGGACGAUGGGUACUCCCUUGAUCCUACAGGUCUCCAGUCCUCGUACGCUCGCGAGCUCGAAGCUGUGAGGAAUGGUGAGAAGAUCUCACUUGAAAAGCAGCUCAGCGAGAUGUCUCUUGGGGCAGCCACAUAUUCGGACAUCUGCACCCCGAAGGCGCCAGACAGCUCGAUUAGCUAUAGCGCAUCGAAAUCAGCCACAGCGCCCCCGAGGUCAGUCGAACAACGGAGAAAGCAAGGAGCAGCUCCGGACGAGGUCAAAGAUUGGUAUGGAUAUUCGCUGAAACCGCUAGGAUUACAGACGUCGUAUGAGCGAGAGGUCGAGGCCUGCCAGAAAGGCCAACGUAAAUCUCUAGAAGAAGAGCUCCAGGAACAGGCUUUAGGUGCGGCGCGCGUUGCUUCCGAUUUUGACGGCCAAGGAUUCUCCCGGAAGCCCACCGGUCUUGAGACGUCGUUCCAGCGGGAGUUGGAUGCAUGUGCGAAUGGUAAGAGAAAGUCCCUUGAGGAGGAGUUGGCUAUUCCGGUCGAUGGUGGUGCUGUCGAGACAAUGAGCACGAAAGAAGAGGCCGCCAAGGUCGAGGCGGCACGAGAGCAACGUCUACACGACAUUGCUCUUGUUCGUGAAGUGCGCGAGAUCUACGAAAAGUACUAUGGCAAGAUCACCACUACUCACCGCCAGGCAGAGGAAGCUUCACUUGAACCCAAAGCUUUCGAGGAUUGGCGUGUGGAUGAAGAUGUGCACAAGAGCCUCUCGUCCUACGACGAGAAGCAUUCCGACGCUUACCACUUCAAGCCUGAUAACCUCGAGGCUGAGCUUUCCUCGCCGGAUUCCUCAUCUCCACAGCCUUCUCAAGAGUCAACAUCAGAAUCUUCCGCAGCUGAACAACCAUCAGGCAUUUCCGCCGCCGAUGCUAGUGGACAGACUCAUGUUGCAAAUGCAAACUCCAAGGAGACUGACCCCGCCGCCACGAAUUCUGCAAAACCACGUAUCUACAAACUCCUCGCCUUCGACCCCUCGACAAGAUCGCUUACCACUUCUCAAACAUCCUCUACGGUCCACAGUCCUGGUGAACACCCAAUCCCCCUUAGCGUUGCGCUCUCGAACCUGUCUCAACCGGCCAAGUUUAUACCACAACUCACUUCUCUUCAAAAAGACGGUUAUGAACCUGUCGUCUCGGCCGCGAACCUCUUGAUCCUGCGGCUUCGCGAUGACAAGUCUGUCAAGGAGACUCACAAACGUGCUCCUCGUCCUAACCCGGUUGACGGUACCACAAUUCCCCUGCCUCCUACUCCCACCAUGUCCCCCACUGGUUACAUCAACCUCGAUCCUGUGAUGGAGAAUCCGGCUACCGCCAGAAAAUCUUCGACUCGCCACAAAGAUGAUAAGAAGGUGCGCAAGACUGAGCCUGUCUUCUCAGGCGAACGCCGCAGGGAGGGCUCGAAGGGACAGAGCGUCAAGACUGUCCUGACUACUUUGAUUUGGGCCACUGCUGCAUGCUACGUUGCCGGUGUUGCCGGUGAAGUGGCCAAGGGAUACUAG